AAUAAAAAUGCUCAAAUAUUUGGAUAAAUAUGUCGAGUAUGAGACUAUUGGGAAAGGCAGUUAUGGUAAUUCAAUAAUUAAAUUUAGGAUCUGCACACCUUGUACGUUCUAAGUCAGACUAAUAAGUAUAUGUGGCCAAGAAAAUUCAAUUAUUCAAUCUGAAAUCAAAAGAGCAAGAAGAUUCAAAACGAGAAGUUGAUAAUUAAAUUUAAUAAUUAGGUGUUGGUUUUAUAGAAAUUGAAACAUCCUCAUAUAGUACAAUAUAUAGAGAACUUCAAUGAAAAUGAUACGCUUAUAAUAAUAAUGGAAUAUUGUGAAGGUAGUAUUUUCUGUAAUCCAUUAGAGGGAGACUUAUCAUUUCAUAUCAACAGGAUGAGUCAAAGAAAAGAAUACUUCCCAGAAUAAAUUAUAUUGAAUUGGUUUCUACAAUGCUCCCUUGCUCUCAAAUAUAUCCAUGAAUAAAAAAUAUUGCAUCGAGAUAUCAAGAGUCAGAAUAUCUUUUUAUCAUCAAAUGGUUUUGUUAAGAUUGGCGACUUUGGUAUUUCUAGAGUCUUAGAACAUACUUAAGAUCAAGCCAAUACUGUAACAGGAACUCCUUAUUAUAUGAGGUAAUAACUUAAUUUUAAUUAUUAGUCCAGAAAUUUGUGAAAAUAAACCUUAUACUUAUAAAAGUGAUGUUUGGUCUCUUGGCUGUGUGUUAUAUGAACUUUGCAAUUUAUCUCAUGCCUUCAAAUCUAAUAAUCUUUUAGGUUUAGUUAAUAGGAUUGUCAAAGAAUAAGCUUCUGCAAUCCCCUCACAUUACUCUAAAGAAUUAGCUGAUCUCAUUAAUAAACUCUUAAUUAAAAAUGCAGAUCAGCGACCUCAUACUUCUGAAAUAUUCAAUUUCCCUCUUAUUAGAAAUACUAUGCAAUAAUUUGUUGCAAUGUAAGGCAAAGUUCAAUAUCAAGCCCCCAUUAAAAGAACCAAUACACAUAACUAAAUUGGAAAAAUGAUCAAAUAAGAAGAAACUACUCAAAUCAAUUCCACAACAACUUAUGAUAAUACUUUUGAUACUGUUUAAUCUAUUGAUUUAAGUUAAUUAACUCCAUCAUAAAGAUUGCAAAUGAAAAAAGAAGAAAAAAUUAAAAGAGAAUAAAGAGAAUUAGCACAAGCAAGCAAACAAAGCUUUGCUUAACAAUAAGCUAGUUAACAAAGGAAAAUUCAAGAUCUUUAAGGUGGAUAAUCUUUAGAUUACAAUCAAAAAAGAAAAUAACAAUAAUAAUAUCACGAAGAAUUACAAAGAUAAUAAUAAUGUAAAUUAUAAGACUCAUAAACAGCCACCAAAAAACCCCAACAAUAACCUUAAACUACUAAUAAAUCUAAUAUGUACAAUUAUGAUGAAACUUUAGUAAGCCAAUAUGAAAAAACUUCAUUAAUGGUAUUUUUGAUUUGUAUUCUUUAGUUAUAAAAUGAAUCCAAAAAGUAUAAUGAUACCUUUAAAAAAGAAUUAGAAUAAUUUGAUAGAACUGUUGAUUCUGAAAUGUGCCAAUCUACUUAUGAUAACACUACUACUUAGGAAGAAAAGACCGUCACUAAAUCUUAAUUAGAUAGAUUUACUACUAAUUAUCAAAAUAAAGAAUUUUCUGUCACUUAAUAAUAUUAAGAUGAAGAAUUUGAAGAAUACAAUAGUGAUGAAGAUAAUGAAAUCAUUAAUCAUAGACUUACUGUUAAGUAGGGAAAUAGUGAAAUUGAAGAAGUUGUCAAAUUGUAUUAAAUUUAAAUGGAUCAAACUGUGAAAAAAUCAUAAAGUAAUAAACUUGAAGGUAUUUUUUAAAUUUAUACUUGAGAUAUCUAAGAGAUUAGUUAAGAGAGUUGGAAUUCAUCUUCUGCUUCUCCAUAAAAAGUUCCUAUUAAUAAUGAUGAUCGAAUCUAAAUAUUAAGGAAAAAGGCUAUUGCUACCAUGGGUUCAGACCUAUUUAAUAAAGCCUAUUAAUUUAUGAGUCAUCAUUUAUCUAAAGGAACUGGAAGUGCAGAUGUAAUUAUAUUAUUUAAUAAUUAGAUUCGAAAAAACUUAGAAGAAAUUGUUGGCAAAAGUAGAAUGGGAGAUUGCAUGUUGAUAGACGAAAUAUUAUAUUAUGAGAAUUAUUCUAAAUGA